ACGGGUGCUUACUGGUGACUUAAAUUUUAAAAAUCCCUAUAUACCCGUUACUAAAAAAUACAUGGCAAAAUAUUUAUUCAACAACAAUAAUUUCCAACUUAUUGACUCAUCCCCAUUAGCAAGCUUAUUACAACAAUGUCUGAAGUCAAAAACAUUAUCAAAACAAACACCAUCCGUACAUGCCCACAUCAUCAAGUCUCCAUUUUGGUCCGAAACUUUCAUACUAAACAGGCUCAUUGAUGUCUAUGGAAAAUCUGGUUUUUUCGAAAAUGCAUACAAGGUGUUCGAUGAAAUGCCUGAGAGAAAUAUAUUUUCUUGGAAUGCUGUUUUGUCUAUGUUAACAAAUGCAGGUCUUUUAGAUGAAGCAAAAUCGGUGUUUCUGUCCAUGCCUGAUACUGAUCAGUGUUCGUGGAACUCUAUGGUGUCGGGUUUUGCUCAAUGUGAUCGGUUUGAUGAGGCGAUUGAGUAUUUUGUAUCUAUGCAUAAGGAAGAUUUUGUGCUUAAUACUUAUACGUACGGGAGCGCGCUUAAUUCUUGUGCGGGUUUGAGGGAUAUGAAGAUGGGUGUUCAGAUUCAUGGUUCGGUUGUCAAGUCUCCGUAUGAAGGAGAUGUUUAUAUGGGUAGUGCACUUAUAGAUAUGUAUUCGAAAUGUGGAAAUGUGGAUUGUGCUCAAAAGGUUUUUGAUGGGAUGGGUUGGCGUAAUGUGGUUUCUUGGAAUAGUUUGAUUACGUGUUAUGAACAAAAUGGUCCGGCUGAUGAGGCUCUUGAUGUUUUUAAAAAGAUGAUGGAGUUUGGGAUUGAACCGGAUGAGGUCACUCUAGCUAGCGUAGCAAGUGCUUGUGCUAGCUUGUGUAAGUUGAAUUUGGGACGGGAAAUUCAUAACAGAGUUAUCAAGUUUAAUAAACUGAGGAAUGAUAUGGUCAUAUGCAACACGUUGGUUGAUAUGUAUGCAAAAUGUGGUAGAAUAAUUGAAGCAAGACGGAUUUUUGAUGCGAUGCCAGUUAGGAAUAUCAUAACGGAAACUUCAAUCAUUAGUGGUUAUGCAAAGUCUGAUAAUGUUGACACCGCAUGUUCAAUAUUUGUUAAUAUGCCAGAUAGGAAUAUAGUAUCAUGGAAUGCGUUGAUAGCCGGCUACACACAAAAUGGAGAUAAUGAAACUGCUUUAGGACUAUUUCGGAAACUAAAACAAGACAAUGUCUUUCCAACACAUUACACUUUUGGGAAUCUUCUUAGUGCAUGUGCAAACCUUGCUGAUUUGAGAUUAGGACAGCAGGCUCACACCCAUGUCUUAAAACAUGGAUUUAGAUUUGAAACUGGACCCGAAAGUGAUGUUUUUGUUGGAAACUCUCUUAUAGAUAUGUAUGUCAAAUGUGGAUCCGUUGAAGAUGGAAAACAAGUGUUUAGACAUAUGGUUCAUAGAGAUCAGGUAUCAUGGAAUGCAAUCAUAGUGGGUUUUGCUCAAAAUGGUUAUGGGGCCGAAACUCUUGAAUUGUUUAAGGAAAUGGUGGCAGCUGGUGAAAAACCAGAUCAUAUUACAAUGAUUGGACUGCUUUCUGCUUGUAGCCAUGCCGGUUUAGUUGAUGAGGGCCGUCAUUAUUUCUACUCAAUGAGUAAAGAUUAUGGAAUACAACCAACGCCUGAUCAUUACGCCUGUAUUGUGGAUAUACUUGGUCGAGCUGGCUGUCUUGAUGAAGCCAAGGAUUUAAUCGACACAAUGCCGAUGCAACCCGAUGCUGUUGUAUGGGCGUCGUUGCUUGGUGGUUGUAAACUUCACGGUAACAUUGAGCUAGGGGAGUAUGUGGCGGAAAAGCUGAUAGAAAUUGAUGGUAAUAAAUCCGGUCCAUACGUUUUGCUUUCAAACAUGUAUGCUGAAAUUGGAAAUUGGGGAGACGUUAAACGAAUUAGAAAGCUUAUGAAGCACCGAGAUGUGGUUAAACAACCGGGUUGUAGUUGGAUUGAAGUUCAGGGUAAAGUUCAUGUGUUUUUGGUAAAAGAUAAACGACAAGCUAGAAAGAAAGAAAUUUAUAACAUGUUGAGAACUCUUAGUAGUGUAAUGAAGCUGUUCGGGUAUGUUCCUAAUGCUCAUGAUUUGGAAGAAGAUGAAGAAGAAAGUUCAGAUAUUAACACUUGUAAAGAACUUGAAGUACCAAUAACUGUGGAAGUUGCAUAAUAUUCAGAUGAGGCUAUGAGCAAAUAUGGACAGUGAAGAACUUGCGAUUGGUCCGGCAUAUGGUGGUGCUUCUCAAGGUUAUGCUUUUGUGGAGUAUGAAAGUGA